UUGCAUAUCCGGGGGCCAUGCCCCGGCAGUUUCUGCAUCCGGGCGGGCGGGCGCGGUAAUUCUUCAGGCCGGUUGGCAGUCACAUUUGGAUCAGAGCCACCUUGAGGAGCCAGAGCCUGUGACCGUCUCUACCUGGUUGGAGCCAGUGACCCAUCUUCAGCAGCUGACAUCACUUGGAAGACUUAGGGACCUGGGAGCACUCAGGAGAGCCUUUCCCUGAGACGUGGAGCUUGGGGACCAAAUGCUCCAGGCCCUCCUGUCUGGCCUGGGAAGGAAGGGAGGCACCAGGGGCUGGGCCUUCAGCUCAUGGCAACCCUAUCUGCCCCUGGCUGGGUUGUUGAGUGCCACAGAGGUGGUCAGCCACUGGACUGCAGUCUUUGAGAAGAGGGGCAUCCCUGAGGCCCAGGCAUCCAGUGAGUACAUCGUGGCUCAUGUCCUUGGAGCCAAAACAUUUCAGAGCCUGAGACCAGUACUUCGGACCCAGCCCCUGAGUCCUUGGCAGCUACAGCAUGUGCAGAAGCUGAGUAGCUGCCGAUUGCAAAGGAUGCCUGUGCAGUACAUCCUUGGGGAGUGGGACUUUCAAGGGCUCAGUCUGAAGAUGGCCCCCCCAGUGUUCAUCCCUCGCCCGGAAACUGAGGAGCUGGUUGAAUGGGUGCUGAAAGAAGUGACCCAGAGUUCCUGUCCAAUGGGAGCCCAAGGUGGCCCCCUCAUCUUGGAAGUGGGCUGCGGAUCAGGAGCCAUCUCCCUCAGCCUGCUGAGUCAGCUUCCCCAGAGUCGAGUCAUUGCUGUGGAUAAAGGAGAAGCUGCCAUCUGCCUGACCCAGGAGAAUGCUCAGAGGCUUCGGUUGCUGGACAGAAUUCAGAUCGUUCCCCUGGAUGUGACUUUAGAGGGGAGCUGGUCACACCUCCUGCCCUGGGGCCCCAUGGACCUGGUCGUCAGCAACCCUCCCUACAUCUUCCACCAAGACAUGGAGCAGCUGGCCCCUGAGAUCCGCAGGUACAGGAAGAAUGAGGCCCGGAGAGGGAAGAUGCCUGGUCCAAGGUCAUGUAGGGGCUUAGCAAGAAGGCUGGGACUAAGACCCUACUCCAGGCUUUGCUGUGAGUCAUCCUGUUCUCAAACAAGGGCUGAGAACUAGGGGUAGUCCAGGAUCCCUUGGACAAAGCAGCAGUAAUGUGGGUCAAGGUGCUGGCUCCCCCUUUCCAGGCUCUCAGGAAUGGUCUAGCCAGUUCCAAGCCCCCCCCCCCCCCCCACUCCAGACUAAGCAUAGGAACAGCCUUGCCUUGCUAUCAGUCAGUGGGAUUCGCUAAGCACUCCCAGCACUGCCUGGUGGGCUGCUGCCUAUAGGAGGUAGGGGCAUCAGAGCUGCUGUUUGGGUCUCCUUCCUCUGUGUCCUCAGAUUUUCCUCUCAGCCCAGAGUGUAAGUUCCAUGGGGCCCCUUUGUGGAGGGCCCUGCUCAGUUUAAGAUACCCCCUGUCCCAGACUCUCACCUUCCACUGUUUUCCCUUCAGCUAUGAAGACCCAGUAGCCCUGGAUGGUGGGGAGGAGGGCAUGGACAUCAUUACCCACAUCUUGGCCCUGGCACCUUGGCUUCUGAAGGACUCUGGGUAUGGAUAGGGCAGGUCUCCUGGAUCUGUCCCAGUGUGUACUAGGCCUGCCCUGACAGUCAUUCUGCCCCCAUGCCUCCCAGUCCAGGUAACCCAGAAGUGCAGGUCCUAGUCCUGCCUGGUUGAGCUGACCCAUUUCUCCUCCAUGUAGGAGCAUCUUCUUAGAAGUGGACCCAAGACAUCCAGAGCUUGUUGGCAGCUGGCUUCAGAGCCGGCCUGACCUGUCCCUUGAUCUCGUGGCUGUGCGCAAGGAUUUCUGUGGGAGGUGAGCUCUACCUACCCCACCCCUACCUCCAUAGUCAUAGCCACACUGGUUCUUCCACUCAGGCCAUCCACAGCUCUGGCUGUGGGGAGAAUGUGCUGUUCCCACACUCUGCUCAUCUCCUGGGAUUCAGGCAAUGAUUGGCCUCUUGUCCCUGUCUCCUUAGGCCCAGGUUCCUGCAUAUCCGGAGGUCUGGGCCAUAGUGUGGCUGCCUUAUGGAAGCCUGACCAGGGCCCCAGCCUACCAGAGUGCCUGGCUGAUCCUUCUUCCUGGAAUGCUACUUGGAGGGAGAUGAUGGCACUUUCUAGAACCCAGAUGGUUAUGACAUUUCCCAUGGCUCUGUGAUUCCCCAAGCUCCACAUUUCUGGGAGACUUGGGGAUAGAAGCAGGGGUGGGGAUGUCCUUCUUGGGGUGGGAAAGAACAAGGAUAUCCAUAGUUUGGCUCAGAGCUGAGCAGACCUAGGUUCCCAUUCUGGCUUCCCAUCACAUCAGUGUGGCCAAGGGUAGGUUGCUCAGUGUCUCUGUGAGUGGAAUUGCCUUGGGGAUGUUGGGAGAUAUGGCCAAUAAAGUGUCGAGAGACCAACAAAUAGUCGUCUAAUGUUUUGUUACUGUGAUUUGUGGGUCCCCUGCCCCCUUGUCCCCAGGCAGUGCUGGGAGUAAGAGCUUCCUCCUGCUCCAGCAGGACUAGCCAUCAGUCUCCCAUCUGGUGGGAGUGUGAGAGUGCAGUGUGGAGAAAGGCACAUGGGUGCUCCUUUUGGCCUUGGAUGCCAGGGCCUUGGGACUGAUCAACUCACUCCUAGGGUUCGACCUAGCCCUCAGCUGCCCUAGGUACACUCCCACACACCCUGACUGGGUCUAGGCUCUGAGCACAGGAGUGUCAUCUGAAUUUUAGCUCAGAGCUGACUGCCUGCUUUCUGGAGGGGAUUGGGCUGAGGGUCUUUGGUGCACAGUUCUGGGGUCACCUAUCCUCAUUUAUUUCACUGAAGGCUUGAGCCAGUAAGGAGUAAGCAGCGUUUACGUUUACUUUCUAUUCUCAUAGCUUUUGGCUAAAACAUUCCUUCCAAGUUGACCUUGCAGUUUCAGGUAACCCAUCUGUCCCUGGUUGGAGCUGGGGAGAGUGAGAAACCCAGACAGCGCAGGUAGCUGGUUGUGACCUCCACCCAAGCUCUGGUCUGUGCAGACUUGUGGCCACCAGGAGGCCCGAAAGCCCAGCCCUUCUGUCCACAGCGACAGGAAACCUCCCAGUUGGCAGGUGCUGGUGUGAAUCUGCAUCAGAGUGGGUCCUGAGGAACAUGCCAGACCAGACUGGCUCAUCCCACUGGCACUUUCAAGGGCCUGACCUGGUGGUACGGUGGCCAGAGGCAGUAUGGUCUGGUGGUCAGUAUCCUCUGCUAAAGCUAGGAUGCUGGGCUCCAGGGCUGUGUCUUGCACUGGGACCUCGGGCAGCUCCUUUCCCUGCAAGAAGCUGGCUCUUCUGGCUCCAAGGCCAGUGUAAGGUGGCAGCCUCAUUUUAGCCUUAGUCAGCCAGGUGGGGUGUGAGCUGGCAUCUGAAUCCUCACUCCUCCAGCAGGGACUCCCCAAGAGAAGAUGUGGCCUGCCUGACAUCCCAUGGUGGGAAGUAGCCAAGUGGAGAUGGGAAGUUAGGUCCCUGCCUUUGGGGAGUCUGUAUUGCUGGGCUCAUACCUGGCUUGAGUGACCCACUCCUUCCCCUACUGUGCUGAGGGUCACAUCUGCCUUAGCAGGGGCCACACUGCCGCUCCUAAGGCUCCUGUGUCCUGCUCCUUGCCCAGUGCCAGCCACAUGGACUCCAAGCUCCUCCUGACUUCGUUUGAGGAGGAUCAGGGACUCCCCAUCAUGGCUGCCUAGAAGGAACCUGGGAGGGUGCUGUAGGGCACAGCCAGAGAGAGGUUCCUGGCUUUCUGAGCCCCCUUGUGCUCUCCAACCUCUGCCCACAUAGGUCCUUACCAGUAUCGCCCAUCUCUUCUGCCUGUGCCCUUCAGCUCCUGCUGUCUUCAGCAGCAUCUCAAGGCAACCUGCCCCAUUGUUCCACAGCCUGGGCCACACCUCAGCCAGUACUGGCUUCCCUGAUGGUUUCACUCUCCUGGCCUUGGACCUAUCACCAAGGAAAGGUCUUGGCAAGCAUGUGGAUAUGUCACCCCAAGAGACCAUAAUGAUGGGAAUUACAAUGUCGGGGCAGCUGGGGUCACAGAAGCAGGAGCAACCUUUGGAGACAACCUUCCUAGAAAACCAUGAGGCUUGACUCCUCUGAUAAAGAGAUGCAGGCCAAGUGGACUGGCGGGCCGGGCCUCAAGCCUGCAGCUAGAGGGGUGGCCAGAGGCCCCUGUGGGGACCACGUACAGCACUGGCUUGAUUGGGCCUUGGACAUUGAGCUCUGAUGUUGAAGCCACACCACCCUGAGUUCAGAUCUUGGCAUCUGCCCCUCACCAGGAUGUGACCUUGGCCAGAUGACUUCACCUCCCUCAGCCUUGGCUUUCAUACCUGAUAAAUGGGACCCUGUGAUUUAUCUCAUAGGAUGGUUCUGAGGAGUCCGCGGGAUGCACAUUUGACGGGGCAUUGUGUUUUCACCGCUUGCUCCAGAGAGCAGACAUGUGGGGAGACACAAGGAGGGCCUGUACCCUUAUGCGUCUGUCUGGUGCUUGACACCAAAACAAAGCAGGCAGAGAAAUGGCAGUUUGGAAAGGAGGGAAGGCAGGGAUUUCACUCUUGGGCUCUUGACGUCUACCUGCUCUCUGGAGAUGGAGCCCCCAAGAGGCUGGUAGUCUGGCCGCCUAGAUUUCCCUCAGCACCUCCUCUCUGCACUAGGACUUGAAUGCCCUGAGGUCCAGGCCACAACAAUCAGUGGCUCUGCCCAGGAAAGCCAGGCUCACCUGCCCUAUCUCCUCCCUCCUUCCUGGGGCCAAAGCAGGAGAUGAGUACCCCCCACCCCCGCCCCAGCAUGUGUUAUGGAGCUGAUGGUAGAGUCCAGGCUCUUCAGACCCCUGAGAUCUUGAGCAAUGUGCCUACUGCCCUUCCAACCUCCUUCAGCCAACCCUAAGCAUGGGCAGGGGGUGUAGGAGUCCUUGACUGAUGUACUCGGAAAGCAAUUCCAUCCUGUUUGCUGACAGUUGAGGAAACAAGCUUUGUCUCACAGUUGGGUGCUUGUCCUAACUGCCCUUAGGUUUCUCCAUGGGGGCCCAUCUAGCUGCCCUAUUGAAAUGUACCCCUAAACUCAUAAAGCCUUUUCUUUUUAAUUUUUAAAGUUUUUUUAAUGUUUAUUUAAAAAUUUUUUUCUUAAUGUUUAUUUAUUUUUGAGAGACAGAGAGAGACAGAAUGAUCAGGGAGGGGCAGAGGGAGAGGGAGACACAGAAUCUGAAGCAGGCUUCAGGCUCUGAGCUGUCAGUACAGCUGACAUGACAGCCCCCUGACAUGGGGCUCAAACCCAUGAACUGUGAGAUCAUGACCUGAGCCAAAGUUGGAUGCUUAACUGACUGAACCACCCAGGUGUCCCAAUGUUUAUUUAUUUUUGAGAGAGAGAGAGAGAGAGAGAGAGCACGCAAGCACAAGUGGGGGAGGGGCAGAGAGAGAGGGAGACAGAAUCUGAAGCAGGCUCCAGGAUCUGAGCUGUCAGCACAGAGCCCAACACGGGGCUUGAACUCACAGACUGUGAGAUCAUGACCUGAGUCGAAGUCAGACACUUAACUGACUGAGACACCCAGGUACCUCGCCCCUAAACCCUUUUCUGCCACCACCCUGUACCUGGACCCUGGGCCAUUGACUGCUGCCAAUCCCUGCCCUAAACCCUUGGCUGUCUCCUCAUGACUUAAGUAUGGUCACUGUGUCCUGCAGAGUCCAGGUCUGAAGAGGUGGGAGGGGGGUGGUGAUGGCUGUGGGAAAGGCCCUGUGUGGACCCCUUUCAAAGCCCCAUCAGUGCUCUGAGUAAGCUUCCAUCAGAACAAAGUGUUCCACUGCUGACAGGCUUUGAGAGCUGCUUUAACCUUUUCAGGCCAGCAUGUCCUUCCCUGUCCACCUUCGGAUUCUUUUGUCCAUCGCCCUGGACUGCAGCUUCCUCGCAGGACUCUCUAUUCCCUAAACAUACCUCCUUCCCUUUGCCCAGGCAGUGUCUCCCAUCAGGAAUGCCUUGCCCACCACUGCCACCCAAAUGGUCCCUCCCCUCCCUUCAAGCUCCAACAUAGAUGCUGCCUCCUCCAGAACACCCGCCCUGAUCCCUCUGUCCUCCCUCCCUCCUACAUACCAUGCUCCUAGCCCAAACUUCUGCCAGCACUGAUGACAUUCUGCCCCAUGCAUUUGGAAACCUUCCUGUCUCCCUCAUCUCUCUAGGGCCCCAUGUGGGUCUGGCAUACCCUAGGGUCAGUAAUGUCCACUCAUAAACCAAUAAUGUGUGUAUUUUCUAGAAUGGAGCUGGAACUUCCUGUGUGGCUCUUGUCUGAUCUGACAGCAGCUUUUGCAUAUUCUGGUCAAUAGGGAGAGAAGAAGCUAUGAGGGCCCAGCCUCCCACCCAAACUAGGCAGCUGUCCGAGUUAAGCCAUGGCUACUAACGGGCUCAAGUGCACCUGAUCUGUGCACAGCGGCUGCGCCAGGAGUACAGGCUGUUCUUGGCGGCAACGGGGGCAGGUGCCAGCUUUCCUGGAGCUCUGGGCCCUGGCCAGCCCCCACCCAGAGUCAUGGCCAGAACAGCGGCCUGAUCCCCUGUCAGGACUCCUCAGUCCUGGACGAGGCUUCUGGAUGGGGCUUGGGAUUGGCAAAGCAACCCUACCCCUCCUGUGGCAGACAGAAAAAUGGCCCCUAAGAUGUCUGUGUCCUAAUCCCCCAAACCUGUGAAUGUGUUACCUCACAUGGCAAAAGGAACUGCAGGUGUGAUUAAGUUAAGGAUCUUGAAAUGGAAGGAUUAUCCUGGAUUAUUCAGAUGAGUUCAGUGUAAUCAACAAGGGUCCUUAUAAGAUGGGGGUGGGGAAGGAGAUUCGAGGGAAGCAGAGGUCACAGGGAGGCAGUGUGCUGGAGAAAAGGGCCAUGAGCCAAGGAAUGCAGACAGCCUCUAGACACUGGCAAGGGCGAGGAAAUAGAUUCUCCCCUAGAGCCUCAAGAAAGAAUAGAAUCCUGCCAGCGCCUUGAUUUUCGCCUGGUGAAACUAAUUUUGGACUUCUGACCUCUGGAGCUAUAAAAUGAUAAAUUU